UUGAUGGGGACAGCAGGCGCAGAUUCUGUUUCCGAAAUAUAAAAAUGAGCACUUGACGUACCCUCGCCUCAAGUUCCAUGAGCCCUUAGAGCUGAAAUUAAGAAAAGAAUGGCAAACUCUUCAAACAAGCGAGUCCUUCUCACUUCCAACGGCGACGUCGUUUCGAGCGGCAUUGCUUUUCACUUAGCCAAACAAGGAUGCAGGUUGCUCUUGCUGGGGAACGAGCCCAUCCUUCGAACCCUCGCUAACCAAAUCAACGCUUCCCUUUCCUUAGGGGAUUCUCAUUCCAAGGUUGAUGUGGUUGGAUUGGACUUGGAGGAUGAUAGGGAAUCGCUUUUUCAUGAUGCUGUUGAUAAGGCAUGCCAUAUUUUGGGAACCUUGGACGCUUUUGUAAACUCUUACACUUAUGAAGGGAAGAUGCAAGAUCCUCUAGAAUUAUCUGAGAGCGAGUUUAAGAGAAUAGCAAAGGUGAAUUUCAUGGCUGCUUGGUUUCUGUUGAAGGCUGUUGGUCAACGGAUGCGGGCCUCCAAGACAGGGGGCUCUAUUGUGUUCUUGACAUCGAUAAAUGGCUCUGAAAGAGGGCUUUACCCCGGUGCUGCUGCGGGUGCUGCCACCAUGGCUGGAGUACAGCAAUUAGUAAGGGUAAGAAAAUUAUCUGUGGCACCUUUUUGUUCUGAUACUAAACAUAACUAUCUUAGUGGUUGUAUAUUGCGGUUUGCAUUGAUGAUUUAGCCGUGAAAUUGCAGUUUAUGUGGCCUUCAUUUUUGCAAUUGUAUGGUUAAAUACAUGGCUGGAAAUGAUUUAUGUGCAAAUUGGCUUGUUUGGUGCAUUUAAAUUUAGUA